AUGAACGAAAGCACCGCGAACUUCACCGGAGGAAACUCCACGGUGUUCGAGUCUUUCUGGCCUUGCUUCCGCGGGCAGCUAGAAAGCAACGUUGACUACGACCUGGCGGUAACUUCCUGUACUCAUCUGCCAGCUCCGCAUCUGGACGAGAACCGGAAAGUCGGGAUCAUCGCCGCCACCGUCGGGACAGUCGCUCUCCUCAUGAACGGCGCGGUCCUGGCCGGGGUGCUGAAAAACCACCACCUGUCCAAACCCAUGCACCUGUUCGUGGCAAACCUGGCUGUGGCGGACUGCGCGGCAGGUUUCUUCUCGUUCUUCUUCUGUGCCAUUUUCCAGACGGAAGUGCCUCAACCACUGACAUCAGUGAGCGUAGUCUGUACCUUCCUUUUAGUGCUGGUCUUAUCAGCAGUUAGCGUGGUCCUUCUAUCCGUGGACCGUUAUCUGGCCAUCCUCCACCCGAUAUUCUACCAGACCCGCAUGUCCAAGCGACACGUUGCCGUGAGCUUGGGGAUCGCAUGGACAGUUUGCGUGCUUGUCUGCUUGUCCCCUGCCAUGGGCUGGAACUGCAUCGAUGUUGAUAUGAACACAGAGAACUGCAUAGGGCAGGUACCAGUGGGCUACCUCAUCCUUAUCAACAUCAUCUUGUUCAUGGCCGUAGUGAUAGUGAUCUUCACCAACGUCAGAAUCUUCAUCGUACUGAAGCGGCGCAUCUCUAGAACCAGACCCAUGGCUACCGAGAGCCCUCAAGACAACCUCCCCGCCGCAAGACGCAGGGAACAACGACUUGCUGCAAGAAAAUUCCAGCACCUCCUACACAGUCAGAAGAAGCAGGUGACAGUUGUCAUUAUUGCAGCGGUGUUCGUCGUAAGCUGGCUGCCGCUCUGCAUCGACAUGGUGCGGCAGUUUUUGUGCUUUGCAAGGGUAGACUGUGAGAUGGAGGCAAAGCCAAAAUGGGGGAUGUUGAUCGGUCUCUGCAGUUCGGUUAUCAAUCCGGUCAUCUACGCACUCAGGAUCGAGAAGAUUCGAGACGCUAUGCAUCGUAGGGCGCGACGACUCGCCAACGCGGUGCGUGAAAAGUUUGGCUGGUCAUCGAAUCAAGUGGUGAACAUUCAGGUGGUCGGAGCGCCGCGAGGAAUGGGAACCGCUGGACCGAGUACGGGCAAUCGGACUGACCAGCCGGCCAGACGGGUAUUCCCUCGAAGACCAACAGAGAAUCCGAGAAACGCACAGAGCUCCAGUCGCGCAGAUGUGCUGUUCGUAGCCCCGCCAAAGUCAGUGCAGACGCCAGCUGUUGAAGCCUUGGCCAGCGUGGAAGACAUCGAGUGA